AUGAUUUUCCUUCGUCAUCAUCUCCAUGAAGGAUUAAAAACUGAAUAUUUAACUGUGAAAGAUCCACUUGAAUUAUGGAAUAAUUUGAAGGAUCGAUAUGAACAGCUAAAACUUACGGUAUCACCGAAAGCUCGAUAUGACUGGAUGCAUAUUCGGUUUCAAGAUUUUAAAAUUGUAACUGGUUAUAAUUCUAUUAUCCAUCAAGUAAGUUCCGUAUUAAAAUUGUGUGGAGAAACUAUCACUGAUGAGGACUUACUGGAGAAAACUUUUACCAAUUUUCAUGCUUCAAAUGUGUUGCUACAACAACAAUACCAUGAAAAAGGGUUCAAGAAGCAUGCUGAUUUAAUUUCAUGCCUACUUGUGGUUGAGCAGAAUAAUACUCUGUUAAUGAAAAAUCAUGAAUCUCGUCCUACUGGGUUUGCUCCUUUCUCUGAAGUGAAUGCACAUAGAGCUUAUGAUAAGCUUGGUCGUGGCCAUGGUCGUGGACGUAGAAAGGGGUGUCAUAAUUAUCGUCAAGAAUAA